AUGCCUCCAUUAAAGCCAGCAUCUUUACAGCGUAUCUCACACUCACCUCCACCUCAUAAACCUACCCAACCAACCAAAACAACACCCACAAUCCCAACCCCCCAAGAACCAUCGCCAUCACCAUCAUCCUCAAAACGCUCCGCCCCUCCCAACACAAAACCCCACAAAGAAACCCUCUUCACAAACACCCUCAUCCGCCAAUCCCCCUCCUCCCCCCUCAUCACAACAUCCACCACAAAACCCCAAGACGCCCAAAUCGCCUCCGCUGCAUCCUUCUUCCAACAGGGCUUCCAGUUCCUCUACUCCGCCGAAUCCCUCCGCCACCACCCCAAAAACGAACACAUCCCCGAAAUCAUCAUCCUCGGCGCCUCAAACGUCGGAAAGUCCUCCUUCCUCAACGCCCUCGUCGGCAGGCCCGGCGCGGCGAGAGUCAGCGCCCGCCCAGGCAAAACCACGCUCAUGAACGCUUUUGGUCUGGGCCCCCUCCCAAAUAUCCCAAAGGGUCUCGUCCGGCAGGGCGAGAAGCUUCCGCGGUAUAGUCUUGUUCUCGUGGAUACGCCGGGGUAUGGCUUCAAGAGUCAGGCUAGCUGGGGGGAUGCCGUGUGGAAGUACAUCAAGGCACGGAAAAUGCUGCGCGGUGCCGUAGUGCUGCUUUCUUCUGAAAAGAGGUUAAUGGAGCAGGAUAAGUGGCUGCUAAGGACACUGGCCGAGGCAAAUACCAGAACGUUGGUGGUCUUGACAAAGGCUGACAAGGGGGGCGGCUCGUGGACUCAGCGAUGCGGCGAUAUGGCCACACUAGUACGACAAGAGUUGCGGAAAAUGUCACAAUCUGUGGGUAAUGGAUGGGAAGAAGGAUCGGGCUGGAACCCAGAUAUACACAUCACUGCGGCGGGAAUGGACAAUGUGCCCAAGCUAGGGAGCGGAGGGGGCGUAGGAGGUGUCCGGACGAGUAUCCUAGAAAUGGCAGGCUUCGACUUUGAUCUCAAAGAGAAAGAAGUGAAGAAGAAGGAUGAGACGGUCACAUACGGAGGACCAGUGGUUUCAUUUGAUGAUAUUAAAUGGAAGACGGGGUGA